UCCUCGGGCUUUUCAAAAGGGAAUCUCCUUCCUCUGAACACAAUCGAUCAAACCACGAUCACCAUGCAAGCGGGAGAUGUGCACACUGUCCUCCGAUGCGGACAGUGCAACAAGCCGUUCGAUAAGCCCGCCUCACUGAAGAGACACGGAUACUAUUGUCGGUCGCGGAAUGGUACUAGUUCGACUCGGGCACGGUCUUGCACCUCCUGCGCAUCGAACAAGACGCGUUGUGGAAAUGAACGACCUUCUUGCUCCCGGUGCGUGGCUAAAGGCCUUGUGUGCCAGUAUCCUAUCAAAACUACGAGGAGCAGACAACCCAAAGAUAGAACACGCAAUGGUAUGCUCAACAACAUUUCUCAACUUCCUGCCGAUGUUGUAAUUACGCCAUCAACUGUCGACGAUAUCGACCAAGUCAUCACCCUGGAAGAUGGAUGCAUUGUUCCCGGACAGGAACUUGUCCCAUUUGACGACGCCUCGGCGGACUGGGGCGGGAUCGACAUAGACUUUUCUGCACUCGAUUAUCUUCAAGAGUAUGGACAACCUGCACACCAAUCCGGCCUGCCAACGCCACUAAACCUAUCUGAACUGGCACCCUCUUUUUACGAUAUCGGAGUAACAGCACAACCUGCAAUAGCACCCCCGGAGUGGAUUCCCAGGCCGAUGGCGAGCCCGCGGAAGCUCAUGUUCAGGCAGGAUCUCAAUAAAGGGAAGCAGAGGAUUGCCGACUUGCUGCUCCGUACGCUGAGGUCAUAUCCACUGAUGAUGCUGCGGCACGACAAGCUUCCACCGUUUAUCCACCCGCAGUUCCAAGCCUUAGGUCUUGAAGGUGUGUCACUGGACUCUUUGACGAAUUGCAUUGGUUUGGUGAGGAUGAUUAGCGGCAAAGUUCAAGGAAGCCGGAAGUUGUUCUGGAAGAAUGUUACGGCGGAGUGUGAACGUAUCCGCGCAGAGAUUGUGAAUUUUGAUAGAUGGGACAUCCUCAUUGGCAUGCAAGCGGUGUCGGUGUACCUCCUCGUCCGAAUCUGUGAGGGAGAGACAGACGAAAACAACGUUGACUUCCUCCUCCUAUCGACCCUAGCAUUACUUACCAUGCAAGUCCAAAAUAUUGGCUGGAAAUGCGACACUGUUUACGCAAACUGCCUCUACGGUGGGAGAAUCGGGUGGAAAGACUGGGUGUUUGAAGAGUCCCGGCGUAGACUUUCUGCAAUGUUCCGAAUCGUAGGCAUGAUUGUGUAUCUGGAUCCAGCGACGAUGUGCGAUCUACAAAGAGACCUCAUCAUCGCCCCACUGCCUAGCAAGAAAGAGCUGUGGGAGGCUAGCAGCCAGGAGGCGUGGCGGAUGGAGGCACAAAAAGAAUACGGGUCGCCGACGGUGUUUGGGUUAGCAAAGGACGGGGAGCUGUUGGAGAUUAAAGCGGGCAAGACUUUUUGCGCAGAUCAUUUCUCGGGGUAUAUGGGGGCGGGGGAGACGGGACAGGAGAGAAAAGUAGCAGAUUGGGAGGAAUGGUGUUUGGGGAUGGAUGGAUUUGGAGGACUGAUUAUGCUUGCUGCCUCUUUGGUUGGGUAG